AUGGGAGUCGCAGGGGUAUAUCACUUUAGGGUUAAGAAGACAUUCGAAUAUGAUUUUACGAAUGAAAGAGAUAGUCCUAUUCUCGAUGAUUACACCACAUCUGAGAUGAUCACAGAUGAAGAAGAUAGAACUCUCGACGUUCUCCACGCACUUAAGGAUGUGAUCGUUGUCCAUGAAGAACAGUUUGCAAACGCAUAUUGUUUGAUGUUCAUCACGGAGUCGUAG